AUGUCAAGCAUCCCCACGCCAUCUCCCAAGUACCUUCAAUCCCUGGAGUACCUUCGUGGGAAGUUCCAGUACCAACCAACGGCGAUUGCCUUUGCCGCCUUUGUCCCGUGCCCUGUCAUUUCUUGGUUAUUAUUUUUCUGGGCCCUUGUCAACUUUCAGACAUAUUCUCCCCUCCUUCUUUUGUGUUGCCUGCCUGCAUCCGUAUCGUCAGGCGAAACAAAAAACAACAAGGCCGAGGGCAAUACUGGCAUGAACCCCGAGGCUACUCCCGUUUCGCGCUCCGCAAAACGACUCUUGGCGUGUCCCGUUCUCGUUUUCUAUGCGCCAUCUGUGUACGUUGUAUAUUUCAUUGGGCACUUUUGCGAAGACCCGAAUGCGCCAUGGACCCUGCCGUCGCCCGAGGACGUUGCCUGGCUUGGCUUCCCUCUCAGUCGGACGAACCUGGACCAAGAGAUUCUCCGAUCACUCCGAUGUCAUGCAUCAAACCCCGGCGACCUUUUCACUGAGGACCAGACCAGCCCAGCCACUCCGGCCAAUCCUUCGAACCACACAUUUCCGUUUCCGUGGCUUCAUCUCCUCUUCCGGCAAAGCCACAGCCAGCCACUAGCCUCGAUCUUCAGGGGUGGAGACUGUGAGUGGGCGGAGAACAGGGUGGGCACGACCGGGGCGCUGGGUCCAAUGGUGGCUGAAGGAUAUCAUGGGCUCAUGGGCUGUGUUUGGACAGCGACGUGCCUACUGUUCGACGGUGCCGCACAGCAUGCCCCUACCACACCACCCAAAUAUGCAGCACACAAUCGGUCCAGAAAUUAUCGCACCAUCCAAGCCACCCGCGAAAGACGGGCUGAAAAGACGGAGAAGAUUCCGUCCUCUGUCUUGCGCGGUGGCUGGCUGGGAGAGGAGGGAGCCAAAACGGACGGUCAUCCUCGGGUCCGGAGGGAGCCGCAGCCGUGUAACGCGACCACGACUCGUCGGGAAUUGUCUCCGAACUUCCCGUGAAGAUGAUCAAUCUGUCGCUCAAUGGUUAUGGCAAUAGUGUCUUAUCGUUUUCCUGGCCGACAUCCUGGGCUGUAUCUAAUCAAGGGC